UGAAGAAGCGCAGAAGCAUUCAAUGCUCAAACUAGUCGACAGUCUUGGCUCGUCCUCCGUGCUGCGUUUACAUAGAGUGAACUUUUGUUAAUAUUUUAUUAUAUAAAUGUACAAUAUAUAACCUUUCAAAAUACGAAUGAAAGAGCCUUGAGUGUGCUUUGUAUUUGAUUGUUUGUUUGAACUUUUGUAUUUCGUAAUCGGUCAAGGAUCUUUAAAGAUAAGCAAUUGGAGGUUGCAAAGCCGGAUCAGCAAGCAAUAUAUAAAACAGUUUAGUGAUGAGAAAGAUAGAAAAAAAGGGAGACAAAGAAAUAACAUAAUUUAUAUUUCGAUAAGAGCUCGUUGAUAAAAAUACAUACAGUGCAAAGAAGAAGAAGAAGAAGAGAUUGAAGGUCGACAAUUCAUAUCGAAGAUAAGAGAGUUAAAAGCACGUGGCACGUGUGGACUUGGAAAGUUUUCGAUUACCGGUACAAGUGAUCGACAUUGGAUCGAUGGAAACGAGCGUAGGGAGCGCCUCUUACGAUAUUCAUUAUUCGCGAAAUUCAAAAUUAUCGUGUAAAGGAAAAAAAGAAGAAAUAGAAUUAGAAGUAGCAGAAGAAAAGAUUCAAAGUUCAUCAGUCGAAAUAGAUCAACGAAUUGUUAUUUACGUUUUAUCAUUAAGUUGAAGUUAUGGGAAAGUUCUCGCAAAAUAAAAGAGACAUUUUAAUGAGUAAAAAGAAAGACAAUUAUUUAUUUUAUUAUUUUUUAAUAAACCUUUAUCCAUUUGCAACAGCGAUGGAAUGGCCAAAGUUUAUAUAUAUAGUUUAUUCGCCGUUUUUAUUCACGUAUAAUAAUUAAAAUGAACAAUAGAAUAAACGCAAAUCCAAAAAGAUCGUUAAUAUUGAAUAAAACAAAGUUUUCGAUUUGAUGAUGAUAAGUAUUUCUGCCGACAAAGAAGGGGAAAAUUAUUGAAUUAAAAUCUUGAUAGUUAUCGGAAGAUGACUGAACGUUUGUCUAAAUCUAUACUGAUAUUACGAUAAAUAAUUAUUAAUAACGAUGGAUAACAACAAUGGUCUUUGGAUUUUUGGUUACGGGUCUCUCUGCUGGAAUCCCGGUUUCGAGUAUACUAAGAGUACAACUGGUUUUGUAAAAGGAUUUGCCAGACGAUUUUGGCAAGGAAACACAACUCAUCGUGGUACAACGGAGAAGCCCGGUCGUGUUGCUACUUUGGUAGAACAGAAAGAGGGUAUCGUUUACGGUCGAGUUUUUCAAGUAACAAAUAACACGGCUUUACCUUAUUUACAAAAAAGGGAAUGUUCCUUGGGUGGAUAUCUCACAAUUAUUUCGACGUUUCACACUCGUGAUGGUAACAGAAGCUUUCCGGUAAUCAUUUAUAUAGCCACUAAAGAGAAUCAACAUUGGCUUGGGGAAGCAUCGCUACGUAACAUAGCGAAACAGAUUACAGAAUGUUCGGGAUCAAGUGGACACAACGUUGAAUAUCUCUUGCGAUUAGCAGAUUUUAUGCAUAAUUAUAUACCCGAGGCACAAGACGAGCAUCUUUUUACGUUGGAAUUGUUUGUACGAUCGAUUAUAAAGGAGCAAAGUAUGUGUUUAACUACCCUAAUGGGAAACAGAGAAUUCAUUAUUGACCUUGAAAAUGCCGAACAGGAUCAGUUGGAAGUAGAUCGUGACAAUGCGAACAUUCACAAUGAUGUCAAUCGUGUUAUGGAAAACUCUUUCCAAUAUGCAUCUAGAGUACCACCUCAGACAUUGCGUUGUCUUAAAAUGUAAAAUGUGAAUUAAAGAAUUAUUUUAUUUAACGAUUUAACAACAAUUUAAUAAAGAAUAGAGAUUUAUUCUCGUUACGCCUAAUAGACAAUAAUACUUUUAUACAUUUGACAAACAAUCAUAUUUAUUUCAUUAUAUAUAAUACAUAUAACCGUUUUCUUUUUUUUCCCCCCUUUUUUUUUAAAUAACAAAUCUAUUCAUUACCGAUAAGCUUUAUACACAUACGCGCGCUAACACACGCGCGCGCAUACAUACACAUUUGUACAUAAAUUAUAAUUUAAUUACAAUUUAUGUACAAUUUAAAUGAUAAAUAUUUCUGGCAGCUAACAAUUAAAUAUUAAUUCUAAUUUUAUACGAAUUAUGUAUUGCUUCUACAUUUUGAAGUUGAAAAUAAUAUUGCUAUUAUACAAAUAUACAAUUUUGUAUAUUGAUAUUUUGUAUAUUGAAUUUAUUGUACAUCAUCACAAUGCAAUACGAAAAAUCUUUUAUGAAAUAAUAUUGUAGUUGAAAAUAAAAGCAGACGUGAAAUUUA